GGCUGGGGCGGCGGCGCGGCUCCCGGUGCUGCCCCCGGCGCCCGCCCCGCGGCGGUGAGCGCCCGGCCACGGAGGCGCCGGAGCCAUGGGCUGCAUCGGCUCCCGGACCGUGGGGAAUGAGGUGAUUGCGGUGGAUUGGAAGGGCCUGAAGGAUGUCGACCAAAUCAACAUGGACAGCACCAGCUCGCUGCACGGGAGCAGCCUCCACCGGCCGUCCACCGAGCAAACCCGAACUGAUUUCUCCUGGGAUGGCAUCAAUCUCUCCAUGGAGGACACCACUUCCAUUCUGCCGAAGCUUAAGCGAAACUCUAAUGCCUACGGCAUUGGGGCCCUGGCCAAAUCAUCAUUCUCAGGGAUUUCUCGCAGCAUGAAGGACCAUGUGACGAAGCCCACAGCCAUGGGGCAAGGCCGGGUGGCCCACAUGAUUGAGUGGCAGGGCUGGGGGAAGGCACCAGCCAUUCAGCCGCAACACAGCCACGAGGCGGUGCGCAGGGAUACCGAUGCCUACUCCGACCUCAGCGAUGGCGAGAAGGAGGCACGUUUCCUAGCAGGUGUCAUGGAGCAGUUUGCCAUCUCCGAGGCCACACUCAUGGCCUGGUCUUCCAUGGAUGGUGAGGACAUGAGCGUCAACUCCGCCCAGGAGCCAUUGGGCUGCAACUACAGUGACAACUACCAGGAGCUGAUGGAGAGUCAAGAUGCCCUUGCUCAAGCCCCCAUGGAUGGAUGGCCUCACUCCUAUGUGUCCCAGGGCAUGUACUGUCUGGGGUCGUCAGAUGCCUGGGAAGCCAGUGACCAGUCCCUCAUCGCCUCCCCGGCCACAGGAUCCUAUCUUGGCCCUGCAUUCGAUGACUCACAGCCUAGCUUGCAUGAAAUGGGGCCUUCCCAACCUGCUUCCGGGUACUCUGCUCAGGAGCCUCCACCUUUGCUGGGGGCGGACGCUGACUGGGCUCCGGGGGGCGGUGGGGUGGACCUGGCUAGGGGCCCUGCUGAGGAGGAGAAGAGGCCGUUGGCCCCCGAGGAGGAAGAGGAUGCAGGAUGCCGGGACCUGGAGUCACUUUCCCCACGAGAAGACCCUGAGAUGGCCACUGCCCUCAGCCGGAAGGUGUCUGAUGUCACGUCCUCAGGUGUGCAGUCCUUUGAUGAGGAGGAGGGCGAGGCUAACAACUAGCUUCCACCCACUCCAUGCCCAGCCUUCCACUCCCAGCUGAGGGGCCUGGCUGCAACAACACCCUCCCUUCCCCCAGCAGUACAGCUGAGACCCGGGCAGAAGACCACGAGGAACCCAGGAGUUGCCUGUCCUCGCCAGGAAAAUGGAGAGCCAGGGUGGGAUUUAAUCCAGGCAUAUGCUGUAGAACCACAGGUCCGGGAACUGAGGCCCAGGCAACCAGAUGGCCGUGAACUUUGCUUGGCUGCGGGCUUCCGGGUCUGUGAUGAUGAAGCUCCAGGGCGUCUCCCGAGGUCGGGAGCACAGAGCGGCUUGUAGCCGUCGAUGGGGAUCUCACUUCUUCACUUUCUGAUUCGUCUUCCAGGAGCCCUGACUGUGGCUGUGGGAAUGCCUCCUUUCUCCAUGUCACUCUUGCUUUUCCCGACUCUGUGUUUCCUCUGGCUGUGGCCCCAGCUCAUCCCCACCGUGAGGAACAGACCUCAGGGGCUGUUGGUUUGGCUCGACAGGCACAGGGGAAGCCACCGAAAGGCACAGGUCCUUAGAGGGUGGAGAAUCUGCCCUCAGCGAAAAAUUGGCUUCUGAGAUCGGGAGUCAUGGGGGAGGAGCGUGUGGCAGCUGGGAUGCACCGGGACUCGGACACGAUUCUUUACAUCAAGGCCUGCCCACAGCCCAGAAAGUCACCGAUGAGACCAAGAACAAACAUGGCCGCCUGUUCCGGGACCUUGACUAUCCCGUGGCUGGAAGGAGGAUCCAAGGAUCUGGGGCCGGGGCUGGCUGCUCCAGCUCUUGCUUCCUUUUCUGCCUUCUUCUGGCUCCUGCUCUGGGAACCCUGGCCCUGAGGGGGUGACGCAGAAUGCAGGUGUCCUGGCCAAACGGGGAAGCAUGAGGGCUGUGUCUCCCUCCAUCCACCCUCUAAUUCUCUGGAGCUGUUUACACUUUUCUCUUUGCCUUUUCUACAUUUUUAUAACUUCUUGGGGACUCAGGGUUGAGUGGGGUGGAGGGAGGAGGCCGGUGCUGUCAGGCCCCAGCCAGGGUGGGCUGUUUGUGAAGGAGCAGUGUGGGCACAAGGCUCCUUUGCCCCUUCUUCAGCUGCUCCCAGGACUCCAAAGAGGGCCUCACAGGUGUUCUCCCUCCCUCCCCAGGCCUCCUGUGGAGGAAGAGAGGAGAAUCAGAGUAUUCUUCCUUCCAGGACAGGUGACAGUGAGGCAUACGCCCCUGGAACGGCGUGCCCUCCCCCACCCAGUUCCCACUGUGGUGGGGACCUCUGUGUGGCGCUUCUGUGAGAGGUCCUGACAGCAGGGGCCGGGGGUAGAGCGAAGGCCGCUGCAGCUGUGGAGCUGGACGGCACACUGCCCUCCCUGCUGCAGUGCCACAGGGACACUGUGGGUGGGAGAGAGAAGCUGAGAGCUUCCUUGUUGCCUCUCCUCGUGCCCGACGAAGGCUGCGGGUCCAAGGCCUUGUGUCCCACCCAAAGUUUGUCAGGGGUCCUACCACUUUCUCCUCUGCCAGGAAGGGAGCACUGUCCCAGACCCUGGGCAGAACUGCACCCUCCCCCCCCCCCCCCCCAGUGCCCCAGACUUCUAUUUCUUUGGAAUGAGGAGGCUGAGAGUCGGGGUGUUUCUGUCCAUCCAUGACCCCACCCCCACGGAGUUCACCCUUUCAUCUGUGCUCCUAAAAUGCAGCCGAGAACAAGGGCCUGUGUCCUCCAGGGGAGGGGAGAAUGGUUUUCCUGGGGUCGGUCUUUGGAGGACCCAGGAGUGGGCACGGUGAGCACACGUAAGCAAAGUCACCUUUUCUACAACUGUCUCAACAGAAGACCCCUCGCGUGUUUGAAAAUGUGACCUGCCUCAGGUGGCGGCAGGACCAGUAGCUGGGAGCUCUGGAAGUGGCCUCGCGUGGCCCUCACGCCAGACUCCUGCCGCGGGUCCUCGGGGUUUUGCAUGCUGGCGAGUCCCUGUGUCCUCGCCUGUGCCACCUGCCGUCUCAGCGCACCACCUUUCCCUCUUAGCCUCACCCCCUUCGUGCCUAUGUUCUGCCCCCGUGCCCGGACCGCGGCGGCCAUCCAGACCAGCGGGUUCGUUCAUUACAGUUCCUUUGUGCUCAGGGCCUGUGGAGUCGGGAAAGGUGGACUGAAGCGGCGUUCUCCCCGUCCUCCCUUCCUCCCUCCCUUCCCCCAGGAAGCCAGAUGGUCCCUGAAACAGUGGCUGGAACUGGGAGGGAGUCUAGCAGACUUUGCACGAGGAGGGGGCUUGCAGACCAGAGGUCAGGUGGGGGCCUGUAUUUCCCACUCUGAACAGGGAGAAGAACCAAGGACCUGCCCUGGGACCCUCUUAGGACUCUGGUGGAGGGAGGAACUGCUCUCCGGUGCUGGGGGCAGGUGCAUGGGGUUUGCUUAUAGCCUAUUCUAGGGGGAGGGGAGGGGCAUGUGCAGAAAGAGGCUGUGGGGGGGCGGGGGGGUUGCUUUUUCCUUUGGGGUUAAAGGCUGUGCAGCACGUUUUACGACAGUCCUGGCACAGGGCUGCUUUUAUAUUCUUGUGAAUGAAACUGCUCUUGCUCAAUGAUUUUCCUUUGGGGGGGAGGGGGGUGCACUUUCAUUUUCAAAUCACUUUAUUAAAGAAAACUCCAAAUCUCCCGUUCCUCCCCUUCCACUGCCCCACUGCCCCCCACGCCUUCCUUCUUGCCCCUCAGCUGAGGAGGGGCUCUUGGUGAAUGAGUGUAUGCCCUUCUCUUUGCCCCCACUUCUACAUCCCACUCUGUGUCUUCCAGGUCUGGGAACUAAUUCAUUUUUAUGGCCAGUCUUAGCAUGUUUUCUUAAUGUGACAUUCCCACCCCAGGCCCAAGAGAGAUUCUAUGACAUAUAUUACAGAGAGAAUUAUAUAUAAAUAUAUAUAUAUAAAUAUUAUAGAUUAUUUACACAUGGGCACGGGCUCACAUGCCUACUGCCAACCCCCUCCCCAGGCUGUGCCCUCUCUCUCUCUCUCUCUCUCUCUCUCUCGGCCUGGGGAGGUGGAAGGGACGUGAUGUUGGAGAGGGCUACAGGCUGUGUUCAAUGGCACUAAACAGAAUGUGGUGGCA